AUGGCUAUUCGAAGAUUACAACAAGAUUUCCGACAAUUACUUAAAAAUAAAGUUGAAGGUAUUGAUGCAAGUCCUUCAUCAGAGAAUUUUUUUAUAUGGAAUGCUAUUAUGUUUGGACCUGAAGAAACUGUUUAUGAAGGUGGUGCAUUUCAGCUUCAAUUUCUUUUUCCUGAAGAUUAUCCACUUCGACCACCACAAGUUCGUUUCACUACAAAAGUUUUUCAUCCAAAUGUUUGGUGGGAAGAUGGACGUAUUUGUGUUGAUAUACUUAAAGAUGGUUGGGCACCAUCUUAUGAUGUCUUAGCUAUACUUCAUUCAAUUCGUCUUCUACUUGUCGAUCCAAAUCCACUUAGUCCAGCUAAUUUAGAAGCUGCUCUAUUAUAUCGAGAUAAUCGAGCUGAAUAUAAUCGACGUGUCUCACAAAUGAUUCAAGAUGCACUUGAUGCCGAUGAUGAAGAUGAAGAUGAAGAUGAUGAUGCUGAUGAAAAUAUUAAUAAUGGUGAUGAAGUCGUCACUCAAAAUGACGUCACUCAAACUGACGAUGGUGAUAUACUACGUGAAAAAUCUACAAUUCAUCGUGACAGUAUUACUGAAUGA